GCAUGCGCACUAACCGUCUUUACUACUGAUCGUACUGAACUGUUGCUCGGUAACUACCGGGAAUUAGGCUAGAGCCUUUUCUCGGCCGAAUUUGAACUAUCACCACUACCACAGGAAUUAAACUGCCAUAUUAAUGUGUUCACCGAGAGGAUUUCAAUUCUUGGACUCUUGAAUUCGUAACGUAAAUCUCAGAGGAUGGCUGUAUUAUUGACGCAUCCGUCCCAGAUGUAGCCGAACGGACAUGCCACGUCUCCUCAGCACACCUGCACACGCGUGAAAGACCUUGAUCAUGACGAUGAUGACUUGAAAUAUGACGUCAUGGAGGAAUACACCUGUAUAGAGAAGAGGUUGCCAGUAAAGGUUUGAUUCGUCCACCUCACCUGUUCAUCCACUCCAGCGAUGGGAAGGAUUAGCAUUUCCUGCCUGUUUCCAGCAUCCUGGCACUUCAGCCUGUCUCCGGUGGUGCUGCCCCGGUUCCUGCUGCCGUCCUUCAGGCAGUUGCUGCUGCUGGGUCUGCUGGCCGGUGUGACGGGGGUGCUGUACCUGCUGCUGGUCACGGAGAAGGGCCAGUACAGCUGGUUAAGAGAGGACCGGCACCUCCACACACGUUUGGGUCGGGUGCCGGACAUGGAUGCCACGGACACCAAUAACCCCAAUCUGAACUACGGGCUGGUGGUGGACUGUGGAAGUAGUGGCUCCCGCGUGUUCGUAUACACAUGGCCCCGGCACAACGGCAACCUGCACGAACUCCUCGACAUCAAGCAGAUGCGAGACAAGCACAGGAAGCCUGUAGUGAUGAAGAUCAAGCCAGGUAUCUCUGAGUAUGCAUCCACACCAGACAAGGCCAGCGACUACAUCAGCCCUCUGUUGAGCUUUGCUGCUCAGCACAUCCCUAAAAACAAGCACCAGGAAACGCCUCUCUACAUCCUGUGCACUGCGGGGAUGAGAGUCCUGCCUGAAAGUCAACAGGAGGCCCUGCUCGAGGAUUUGCGGACUGACAUUCCUGUGAAUUUCAACUUCUUGUUCUCCGACUCGCAUGUGGAAGUUAUCUCCGGCAAACAGGAAGGAGUAUAUGCAUGGAUAGGUAUCAACUUUGUUCUGGGACGAUUCAAUCAUGUUGAGGAUGAACAUGAGGCAGUGGUGGAGGUGCAGGUUCCCGGCAGUGACCAGCAGGAGACGCUGGUGCGCAAGCGUACGGCUGGCGUAUUGGACAUGGGCGGCGUCUCCACUCAAAUCGCAUACGAAGUGCCCAAAACUGUAAGCUUUGCUUCUCCACAACAGGAAGAGAUAGCCAAGAAUUUGCUGGCGGAGUUUAACCUGGGCUGCGACGCUCACAGAACCGAACACGUGUACCGUGUUUACGUCUCAACUUUUUUGGGUUUCGGAGGAAACGCGGCCCGCCAGAGAUAUGAGGAAAACCUCAUCAGCAACACACAAAUCCAAAACAAGCUCCUGGGUCAGCAUCAGGGAGAGGGUUCAGACUCGCCCAUCCUCGACCCCUGCCUGCCAGCUGACCUGCAGGAUGAGCUGGGUCCCCAGGACCAGAGGGUGCACCUGCGUGGCACAGGAGACUUCGAGCGCUGCCGUCUGCUGCUCCAGCCCUUCCUCAACCGCACCAAUGACACCAACACAUCGCUUAACGGAGUCUACCAGCCGCCCAUCGACUUCCCCAACAGCCAGUUCUACGGCUUCUCUGAGUUUUACUACUGUACUGAAGAUGUGCUGCGCAUGGGAGGAGACUACAACUCCACCAAAUAUUCCAAUGCUGCUAAGAGUUACUGUGCCACCCAGUGGAAAACUUUGAAAGAGCGGUUUGAUCGAGGUCUUUACGCCUCGCAUGCUGACCAGCAUAGAUUGAAGUACCAGUGCUUCAAGUCUGCGUGGAUGUACGAGGUGCUCCACUCAGGUUUCGCGUUUCCAGCGGCGUACGAGAACCUCAGGACGGCUCUGCUGGUGUAUGACAAAGAAGUGCAGUGGACACUAGGAGCCAUUUUGUACCGCACACGCUUUCUACCUCUAAGGGACAUCCAGCAGGAGAGUCUGAAGGGCUCUCACUCUCGCUGGCAUCACAGCUUCUCCUUCAUGAACAACCACUAUCUGUUCCUGGCCUGUUUCCUGGUGGUGGUUUUGUCCAUCCUCCUUUACCUGCUCCGUCUGAGACGCAUACACAGCCGCUCCGCACUCCACGUCCAGUGGCUGGAAGAGGGCCUGGGGUCACCUGACCUCCCUGUGCCCCUAUAGGGCCUGGAGCCUGUCCGUCAAACCACUGGCCAAUCACUGUAGGAGGAGGAGGAGACACACCUCUCCCUCUCCUACAAUCAUCAUGUUGCCCUCCCAUUGGCCAGUGUUGCAUUUUCCCAAAAUGAUUCGCAAGGGAUUCUGCAUGACACUUUCAGCCAAGACCAGUGAAGGUUUACUGUAAUGUGAAGACUGCAGCUCCAGGACCGUAUCUGGUCGGCAGUGAUGUUUAGAUGUUUAUUUAUUGUGUGAGGAACGCUGAUGCUGCCUUUUUGGAUUUUCAAUGUCACACUAUCAAUGUGAAAGAGGUCAGGGGCGUCGAGUAUGUGGUUUAUAUACUGAACGUGUCCCCAGUUUGGAUUUAUACACAUCACAGUUUAGACAAGGCUCUGCCGGCUGCCGCCUCAACUCAAGACUGUGCGCAUAAUUGAACAUGAUUUGGUUGUGCCAAAGAGAAACGGAUCGAGGUUCAUUUUAAAGGACGCAUUUUAGACACUGAAGUUGGACCGCUUUCAUAUCAUGAUAGAAAGCGAAAUCGUCUUGAAAUCCCUUUAGAAUGUAAAAAACAAACAGGCACAUUUAGAAAGCACUAAGUUUCGGUCACCUUUUUUUCUACCUAAACACUUUUCCAUGAAAUGUAAAGAGCAACAUUAAACAUCCAGCUGUGCUAUUUUAAAAAGCACGCCGUGUACAUCCU